GUUACUUCACUUUUUUUUUUCAUUCGACCUGUUAAAAACUGAGUCUAACGAUUUUUACUUGGUAGUCUAGAUCUAGGUAGACUGAAGCUGUAAAUCUAGAAAUCUAGAUCAAAUAAAAUAUAAUAGAUCUAGUAGAUAUUGCCAUAAUUAUAUACCAUUGAUAUGGUUCUAGAUUUAGAUUUUACAUUUUUAGACUGUAAGUAGUGUAAGUGUAACUAGAAAUUACUAGAUUAUACUAGAUAGAGUAGAGCUCUAGACUCUUCACUACGACCUAGACUACAGCCAGGGACAGGUCAUUAUUAUUUAUGUCUAUAUUCUAGAUCUAGAAUCUAGAUUAGAUCUAGGUCGACUUUUUGAGUUACUACUGAGACUGAGGACUGAGAAAACUGACACAUAUUACCAAGAGUAGAGGCUAAAAUAUCUGAAACUCUCCUCAAGGAAAAAAUAUAAAUGUCUGUACCACAUGACCAUGCCUGUAGGAGAUAAACUUCACAAGCAGUUGAGUACUGACAAAGAACUUGGACAGCUGGAACAUUUAAAAAACUUAAUUAAUACUCAAGUGAGCAAACAAAUCCCUGAAGCAAAAUAUACUAAAAAGAAAUCUUCCAAUCAAGCUAGUGGAGACUAUGUAGUACAGAAUCCAAAGGAGAACCAAAAUAAAUCUUUUGAAGCAGAAGAAAUUGAAUUGGACAAUUUCAGCAUUAGGUAUAAAGAUGAGAGACAAUUUAGCAGUCACCAAUACCAUAACUAUUUCUUGGAAAUCUGUGUUGCUUUAACAGAACAUAGACUCAGUUGCCAAGAAUGGCUGAGCCAAGCACCUUCACAGAACAUACUGAGAGUUCUAAUAUCCUUAAGAAUACUUCUUAGAGAUUCUAACUACCAAAAACAAUUUUGUAAGAUCGAUGGUGUCAAAUCACUAACUGAGUAUUUUAAGAAAAGCACAGAGAUGUAUUUAUUUAGUACAGGUGGAUUGUUGUUAGUUGAUCAUCUCAAGGAAAUGACAAAUAUCUUCCAGAAAUUGUUGACAUCUGUAGAAAGAUGUGAAUUACUAGUAGAAUGUGAGGCACACAUACCCCUUGUUCAAUUACUUACUGCAACUGACCCCUUUGUUCUUCAUGGUUCACUCUAUGCAUUAAUUGGAUUUGCCCAAAGUGAAAACCUGAGAUUAAAAAUUGGAGAGUUAAACUCUGUUGAGAUACUGCUGAGGAUUAUUAAAGAAUAUGACAUAACAUCCAAGAAGUUGGCUGCUAAUCUACUUAGACUUUUAUGUUCUGACCAUCAAACAAAAGAAAAAGUAAAAAUGGAAGAUGGUGUCUCUCUUUUGUUAAGCCAACUUCACAGUAACAAUGCCAGUUUUUUAUGGCACAUUGUUUGGUGUCUUGUUUUGCUCUGUGAAGAUGCUGGUUGUAGAGAUGAUAUCAGACAACUAGGUGGAAUUCCACUCUUACUUUCUAUACUACAUGAAAAAAAGUUUUCAAAUGAACAGUCUCAUCUUCGCAGAAAUGUUGCCAGUGCAGGGACUAUAAGAAAGACCAUAUCUCAUGAUGAAAAUGAUGAAUCUAGUGAACAAAUUUCUUUGAAGAAAGCUUGCUGUGCUGCUUUGUCAGAGUUGAUGUUGAAUGAUACUAAUGCUCAGCACAUAGUCCAAGCAAAUGGUGUUUACUCUCUGGGUCUCCUCAUUUUACCCCAGGAUGUAAGCAGUGAGAAAGAAAAGAAAAGAUCUGUGAAGCUUCAGCAAAAUGCUUUUCGGGCCCUAAGGUUCCUGUUUAGCAUGGAAAGAAACCGGAGGCUAUUUAAACAGUUGUUCACUCCUGAGCUGUUUGAAAUGUUCAUAGAUGUUGGCCAUUACAACAGAGAUCUGCAGGCUUAUAAGUCACUGGCAGAGAAAAUGAAUAGUCUCCCUAAAAGUGUAGUGAAUGAAAUAGCUGAAAACAUCAGUAACACAAACCAUAAUAAAGAGCCUAGUUACUACAUUGGAGACUAUGCAGUUUUUGAACUCCUUGGAACUGGGGCUUUUGGUUCUGUUUAUAAAGUGCGUAAAAAAACUGGAAGGCAAUCUUUCUUUGCUCUAAAGGAGGUCAAUCUUCAAAGUCUGGCAUUUGGAAAGAGUGCCAAUGAAAAGGCAAUGAGUGUAGGGGAGAUAACUAAUGAACUAAAAAUCAUGAAGGAAGAGAUGAGGCACCCAAACAUUGUCCGUUACUUUAAAACAUUUGAACUGAAUGACAAGUUGUACAUAGUGAUGGAAUAUAUUGAAGGGGCUCACCUUGGGGAGCAUUUCAAUUCCUUGAAAGAAAAAAAUGAAAGAUUUCAAGAAAACAGGAUUAGGCAUAUAUUACUUCAAUUAAUUCUUGCCUUGCGUUACCUUCAUAAAGAGAAAGGUAUUGUCCACAGAGACCUCACACCAAGCAAUAUUAUGUUGGGAGAAAAUGAUAAAGUGACAAUCACUGACUUUGGCUUGGCCAAACAAAAAAGAAAUGAUUGUAGUAAAAUGACAUCAGUUGUUGGUACUAUUCUGUAUUCAUGUCCAGAAGUUGUCCAAAACCUGGCUUAUGGAGAAAAAGCUGAUAUUUGGGCACUUGGCUGCAUCCUGUACCAGAUGUGUGUCUUGGAGCCUCCAUUCAAUAAUACCAAUAUGCUAGUGUUAGUCAAGAAGAUUGUUGCAGCCGAGUUCAAGCCAAUUCCUGAUAAAGAUUACUCUUCUCAGUUACUACAGACAAUCAAAAGCUGUUUGAGUGUUAAUCCAGAUGAAAGACCAGAUAUUUUGGAAUUGAGCAGUCAACUAACUGAUCUCUUGCUGUCAUAUAUGGACAACUUACGAAUAUCUGAAAAUGCACUUCAAAGAAAGUUGGAAAGAGAGAGAAAAAGAACACAAAAGUAUGUCUUAGAAGUGAAUAGAGCUAUGCAAAACAACCGACCAAUAAGCUCAGAUUUCCAAGAUUUAGACAGAUCAGCCAGUUUAUCAGGAAGUUUUGGAGUUGAAAGUCCAAAGGAUCAACCUGUUGACCAGUUAGUAGAUGUGAGUGACGCCAGUUUAGAUUCUAGUGUUGCACUUUCAAUAAGUUCAAUUCAUUUUGGUGACAGAUCAGAUGAAGACAGCUAUGCAAGCAGUGGUAGUGAGAGUCGAGAGAGUAGUGCUGGUAGCGUACGUUCACAUCAAGGUGCUGUUAAUUUUCCUAAAAUGCCUCAUCUACACAAAGUUAGACCAUUGAAAUUGGAUAUACCAAAUACAGCCAAGGCUAGUCGUGACUCUGGACUUGGUUCAGGAGAUCCAUCUCCAAACACCUGUCUGCAUCACUCUGCAUCAGAACUGGCUAAAAUGUCAUUGGCUUCUCAACUCUUUCUUAGGUCUCAUAGUACCCUGGAAGGAAAUGUGGCGCCAAAGCUUGACAAGAGAUCAAGAAGUGUGGCUACAUUAUCUAUCUCCCCUAAUAAACUACGUGAAAUUAAUGAUCCAAUCCAGCCAAUUUUACAGCAACUUCACAAAUUAAUUUUGGUCACACAGUUGCCACCAACCAUAGGCUCCAACCCAAAUAGAAGGAUCAUUGAACAUUAUAAAAGAGCACUUUUUUCUCCUAAAAGCAAUUCAUCAAAUUUAAAAAGUGAAAUGCUCAAACUCAUUCAGGGCUCAAGAGAAUUAAUUGAUUUAAAUUUUGGCCACAUGGAGUACAUAAAGAGAAGCUCUCUCCUAGCCAGUGAUCUGGACUCACCAUUAGAUCCCAACAAACCUGUGACCUUACUCUAUGAUCCUGAUUUUAAAGAUGUUGGAAUAACUUAUGAAUAUUUACAAAAUAUUCUAGAAGAAACACUUAAAGAGAUGGAGUUCUAUGCAGAGGAAGAUGUUACUAAACACAGAACUUCUUGAUUAUUUUUGUUUACAUUGCCUGCUUCGUCACAUUCCUAAGGUGUAUACAAUGGAUAAAACAAACCACAUUGUAUGAUUUAUUUUAUUUAUAAAUUAUCUGAUACAUAAUGUAUUACAUUCCUGAACAUUUUUGAAGUGUAUCUUGCUGAUACUUUUAUUGCUAGGGUUCUUACUAUUCAGAUAUUUAUGCUCUUUCGGAGAGAAAGAACUUAAAAUGUUCAAGAAAUGCAGAUUACUUUAUAAAAUAGCUUUUCUAAAAGUUCCAGAUUAUGUAUUAAUAGUGACUUAUUCUUAUACAAGUUUAUAAGUGGAUUAUGAGCAAAUUGGAUGAUAUAAAAGCUUAUAUAUAAUAUAUUUAAAACAAGCAUUCCAUUUUUUAAAAAAGAUAAAAUCUCUGUGAUAAACUAUAUUUUAUAUUGUGAUGCAGCCUAAUGCAUUUUAUGUAUUGUUUCAUUGGAUCAUAAUUAUAACUCAGGAAUCUACCAGGUUUUUGAAGUCAUUUUUUCAGCAGCCUCAUGAAUUAUGAGGGUUUGGUAACAUAAGUUUUUUUUCUUCUACAUUGUAAAUAUGUCACAUAGUUGUUUUUAGUUUGAACUGUUGUCAUUAUAUUUCAAGUAGAUAAUGGGUUGAAAAUUAGUUUCUGAAUUAAUGUUGUAAAACACUGAGAAAAUACUUUCAUUUGUUAUCCAUAAAUAAACCAGCAUAAAAUUAUGUAUGUAGUUUAAAUAUUCUCUGAUUUUAGAUAGGUCAAUACAAGUUGAAGUGAUUAUAUUUAACUGGCAUCUAUUUUAUAAUUUCCUUUAAUGCUAUCAUUCCUUUGAUUGUAACUUUGUGCAUGAAGUGAACUUUUUCUAUCAGAAGACCGUUGAGAGUUUGUUGGAGUACAUGUUAGACUGAACACAAGUCUGUUGUUAAUGUACAAACCCUCUUUGUAGUAAUGUCAUUGCAUUUCCAACUAAGCUAAAAUAUAUUCUUGGAAAGUUAAUUAUUCUAUAUUAGUUCUAUAUAGGUAAAAGAUGCAACUAGUCCUCUUUUGAAUAAGUAAAUGAUUCAAUGUCUUCAACAAAUCUGUCAUGCCUAUUCAGAUGAAUGAUUGUUUUGUUUUGUGAUUUAUUUAGAAAGAUUUUUUUAAGAAGGAACAGAUUUGUGGAUCAAAUGUUUUCUGCCUUUCAGUAAUAUUAUGGAAGUUGUCAUCUUGAAUAAAAGAAGUAAAUGUGAAUUAACAUAAAAACUACAAAUUUAGUUAUAUACCAUUAAAUAUAAAACAUUCUAGUUUGCCAAGAAUAAUAUUAGAAUUUUUUUUAUACAGUGCUUAUUUUUUUUGUUUGUUUUGUUUUGUUUACUAGUUGUAUUCAGUUUUUUGGUUAGAAAACUUUGUGUUAUCUUAAUCUAUACAACAUGUCAUUGCUAAAUUAUUGUUUUCAUUUCACCUCUGUUCAUAUGUGAUAACAUUAUAUAAGGAGAUGAGAAACUAGAAGAUAUAUUCCUUUUUAAAAAGCUUUUCUUUAUGACAAUGCAUCAAUGCCUUCAACAAAUCUCUAAUGUUUAUUCUGGUGACUGUAGUUGGUACAUAUAAAAAAUAAAUGACUAAACGAUUGAAGUUUUGAAAUUAAAACAAGACUUCCUAAUAGAUCAAUUUAGAAUUUCAAUAUUUUUUGUGUGCAGAAAUAUUUUUUAAGCUCAAAAAAUGAAAUGAUAACAAAGGUUUUUUUUGCAAUGAAAUUUCUUUAUGGAUCCAACUUUUGUUUGUAGAAAGUCAAUUCAACAAGAACUAACAUUUUUCAAGUAGAAUUAUUUCAUUUAUAAUUGUGUUUGAGAAUAAUUAGUUAAAAUUUUACUACAUUCUAAAGAGAAAUGCUAAUUUUAAUUUCUGAUAUCACACUAGAUUUAGAAUGAUGGCAAAACAAAAUGUGUCUAACAAAGAAAUAUUUUAGAUUGAUAUUGACAUUUUAGAUUGACAAGUCAAGAAUACAUUGUUGUAAAUCUUAAGAUUAAGGAUUUCUAUAACCUGAUUACUUGGAAUACAUUUUAAAUCGUAAUGUAUAAAAAUUAAUAGUUUCUAAUACUUUAUUCAUUGUACAUUAUAUAUUUUAAGCUACCUUUUUUUGUUCCAAUACAGUGAUCAUGAUAAUGUAUUGAUAAAGUGACAUCAGAAAUUCAUGAAAAUGUAUCUAGAUUUAAAAAACGUGAUAUAUCUAAUUAACUAUAAUAGUUUUUAUUCUGAUCAAUUUUCUUUUUAGUAAUGGAAGAGUUACUGUUAUUUUAAUAUUUGACAGAAAUUUGUUUAAAAUUAAAAUUAAAUUUGUAAAUUGUUGUAAUUACUUAAAUGUACAAUGUGUUAUUUAAAUAUAUUUAACAUUAUUGACAAAAAGCAUUUCAAAAGCAUUCAACUUGUUAUAAAUAAAAAAAAUAAAACAUUGAAAUAUAUAGAAAGCCAUUAAUUAGAAGCUAAUUAUAUAAAUAAGCCUAAUUCAGUUAUUUGUUGUAGUUUCAAAAAAGCAGUCAAUAUGUGUAGUUUCUGUUUUGCCCAAUGUUCCAUACGCUAGCUGGACUUUGGCUCUGUAAAUAGUCUUAAUUGAACAAGAAAACGUUUAUAGUAGCAAAUGUAUCAAAAUAUGCAUAAUGUUACUUUUAGAACUGUUGUUUUUUGUUUUAAAUUUCAUUUUGUACAUAAUUAACUAUGUGAUUUGGAUUUUUUUAGUCUGAUUUUCAAAGCCCUAGAGUCAAUCAACAGUAAUACAUACUCACAGAAUAACUAAAGGCAAUCUUUAAGCAAUAAUUCUUUUCUUCCAUUUUUUUUUUCACCUGUAUACAUGCUUUUCAUUUCUACUUAUUUAAAGCUCUAUCAGUAUUUAUACAACAAUACAUGGUUUUAUACUGCUUAUGUCAUUGGUUCUUGCAAUUUAAUUAAACUUGCAAAUCAACCUCAAUAAUUGUUUGAUCCAAUAUAGCCAUAGAGUCACACAGACUUAUACAAAAUUUAAAUUUUGAUUUUUUUUUUUUUAAUUAAAAAAAGUUUUUUUAAAAAUUUUUUAUUAUUUAUUUUUAAUAAAAAGAUGAAAAUUAAGGUGAUAUUUUCAGAUCUGGUCUAUGUUUAUCUGCAUACCGGUUGUGUUUUUAUUUUCCUUUCAUUUCUUGACAUGUAAUUUCAAGUGUAAAUAUGUGAGUCAUUUUAUAUAAUAUACAUAAACAAAUUGAAAGCUGUAAAUUGUUCACUUAGUAUUGUCCUAACAUUCCAUUGAAAUGUUUUGGUGUCUGAGGUGUCCAUUGGUUACAAUAAUUGUUUCAUAAUUUAAGCAAUUAAGGAAAGGAUUUUUUAUCAAUUGUAUAUUUUAUAUUGUUCUAGAAAUAUGAAAAAUAAAAAUCAGAAUUCAAACAAGUUUAAAUGGAAAAAAAAAGAAAUGGACAUAAUAUUUAAAAAAACGAAACAAAUUUUGUUAUAUAUUCACUAAAAAGGUGAACGACUGACUAGAAAUAGUUGCAAUAAAUUGUGUACACUUUAUGAUUACUUUGUACUUUUUCAUAAUGUAACAAAGUACCUCAGUUGUCUGUUCUGUACAGAAGUCAUCAGACUUGUACUUUGUAAAGAGAUUAUUGCUGUCACAAAUGUACAUUUAUAGUUGUUCAGUAUUGUGAUAGUCAAACGGUCCAUUUUUUAUCAAACUGUUUAUAAAUAGGCUAUUUAUUUAAUUUUUUUUUUACCUGUUCUGCCGUCCGUUAUUUAUUUGUUUGAUUUUUACAUUCCAAAUAAUUGCCAAUAAACUUAUUUAUAUUGUAAUUUUAAAUUAUUGAUCACUUUUUAAACAAAUUCCUAAUGUACUCUACUGACUCUUCUGUUUUGUUUUAACAGAUUUAAAUGUUGCUGCUUUUGUGUGUGUGUAAUAACCUUUUUUUUUUCAGCUGAGAAAGAGUCGUCCCAUGAUUUAAACAAUGUCAUCUCAUUUAAAAAGCAAUUGAAAUGUAUAUUAUGAAACGGAACUGCUGUAUAAACUAUUUUUUUGUUGAAAUAAUUUAAAACUAAAACUUAGAUCUAUUUUAAUAUAAUUAUAAAUGAUCUUAAUUAUAUACUGUUUAAAUUUAUUUUUUUAAUGAAACUUAAAAAUGAAAGUUAGAAAUGAAUUGAGUAGAGAACAGAAUUUUUUUUGUGAAUAGCUCUAAUUAAAAAUCACUAUUUAUGACUUUGUUGAAUUCAUUUGUAGAAAUAAAUAUCUGACACAUACAUAAUCAAUCAAUCAAUACAUAAUCAAUCACGACACUAUCUAACUGAAACUAUUUUGUUAGAUGAAUUUUACAGACUUUGCUGCUUUGGAGAUACAUCAAAGUAGUAGAUAUAACAAAAGAAUGUUUUCUAUUGCAUGUAUUUAUUUAUAUUUCAUAAUUAGAACAGGCUUUCACAUUUUUUUUAGUAGAAUAACACUUUUCCUUAAGAUAAUCAGAUUUUGGGAUGUAGUUUGAUUUAAUAUUUUUAACUCAUUACUUUUCUUAAUAUUUAAUUGUUCAGAAUUGAAGUUUUCAAAAUGAGUUCUUCAAAAUGAGUUCUUCAAAAUGAGUUCUUCAAAAUGAGUUCUUCUAUUCUACAGUAUGAAAAGAUUAUACAAGAUUGCAUUUCUGUCAAUCCAUUGUGGAUUAUUUUUAUUUCUUAGAUUUAUGACAUCAAUUUAAAAAUAAAGAACAUUUCACACCAAG